AUGCUUUUGUCCCCGGCAGAAAGGCAAUACUUAUACGACUCGCUCGUGCAGAACCCGCCAAUACGGCCAGAUGCCAGGAAUGUCUUUCAGUGCCGUCCGUUGGAGGCUACCACCACUUUUUUGCCCAGUUCCAACGGUUCUGCCAGAUUGAGAAUGACCGAUGGAGCUGAGUGUAUUGUGAGUGUCAAGUCCAAAGUGGUAAAAACAGCCGAUACUCCCAACUUAUUGGAGGUGGAUGUGGAUGUCCAAGGAUACAGAGAUGAUUCCAACUUUGUGGCGACGCUAAAGUACAAUUUGUCGAGCCUAUUACACAAGAACUUUCCUUUUGAGGCCUUGAAGCUUACAAGUAGAUACAGUUAUAAGUUAUUUAUUGACUGUAUUGUGAUGAGUAAUACGUCGUACCCAUUGACUAUCAUCUCUAUGGCCAUAUACUUGGCGUUGAAAACCACCAAGUUGCCCAAGUUGGUCAGUGAGGUUGAUGAUGUGAAUGUGGAGGAACAACCAACAUUUUCAGACGAUUGGGAAGAUGCUAAAACCUUGGGAGAAGCCACCGGCUCAGACUUUCAGCCGCCUGUGUUCAUCACCUUGGGUGUCAUCGGGUCGUCACUAUUGUUUGAUCCGUCGCUCGAGGAGGAACAGGUGUUGGAAAAUGGGCUAAUUGUGAGUUUCUACGAUGGGAAGGCCCAAACCCCAUUACAGAACAUAAAUCUUGCAUUAAACUCGAACAAAAACAACUAUAAAGGCUUGAAACUGACACACAUAGUGUCUGCAAUCUCCAUGGUCAAUAAGUAUUGUGGAAUGAUUAUUCAUGCCUUGGACACGUUAAUAGACCAAGAUGAAGGAGAUGGCCAAGUCUUCUAA